GUUCUACAGUUUCGUAGCAGUUGUCGAAGAUCGUGGACUGAUUUGUGUUUACUUCCAUUUCACGUAUCUCUUGAGCCUGUUUUUCGUUCAAAAUGCCAUACGCUAAUCAGCCCUCUGUUCACAUUACAGAUUUGACUGAGGAAAAUGUCAAGUUUCAAGUAGAAGACACAGAAUUGAGCGUAGCAAAUAGUAUGCGCAGGGUUUUCAUAGCAGAAACUCCUACUAUGGCUAUCGACUGGAUCCAGCUAGAGGCAAAUUCCACAGUAUUGAGCGAUGAGUUUCUUGCCCAUAGAAUAGGAAUGAUACCUUUGAUCAGUGACGAUGUCGUUGACAGAAUUUUGUACACCCGAGAUUGCCAGUGUAUGGAUUUUUGCCCAGACUGUAGCGUUGAAUUUACAUUAGAUGUCAAGUGCCUUGAGGAUCAAACAAGGCACGUUACAACGGCUGAUUUGAAAUCGAGUGAUCCAAGAGUUUUACCUGUAACGUCAAGGCACAGGGAGGACGAUGCUAGCGAGUACGGAGAGACAGACGAAAUAUUGAUAGUCAAACUGCGAAAAGGACAAGAGCUGAAGCUUAGGGCAUACGCGAAAAAGGGUUUUGGUAAAGAGCACGCUAAGUGGAACCCAACAGCUGGAGUGAGUUUUGAAUAUGAUCCUGACAAUGCCAUGCGGCAUACAUUGUUCCCAAAGCCAGACGAAUGGCCUAAGUCAGAAUAUAGCGAGCUUGAGGAAGAUCAAUAUGAGGCACCCUUCAAUUGGGAAGCAAAACCAAACAAGUAUUACUUCAAUGUUGAGAGCAGUGGUGCUUUGAGACCUGAAAAUAUCGUGAUGAUGGGAAUAGUGGCUCUCAAAAACAAGCUGUCUAAUCUCCAGACGCAACUCAGUCACGAGGUUCAAAAUGACGCGCUCAGCAUUCAUCAUUAAUCCAAUACAUUUUUGUAUCUUCAGCUGAUGUAAAUAAUGUUACAUCGGUGAUAGGACGUCUUGGGUACAUCCAUAAUAACAAUAAUAAUGAUAAUUGAUUCCUUUCCGGUAA